AUGCAGUCGUGUGGGGACAAUGGCACCACAGCCCAGCUGCUCGGCUUUCAGGUCAGGAGGGAGGAGGAGAGGACCGUGGAAGAGGCGAGACCUUGGCCCCCAAAUCACUGGCCCCCGGUGGUCAGAAAUGAAAUCCUCUAUGCCCAGCACCAGCUGAGGUUGCAGGAGUUCCAGGAGAACCUCGGGGACCUGCUGCCCGCCCUGCCUAAGGCUGAUGACUAUUUCCUCCUGCGCUGGCUCCGAGCCCGGAACUUUGACUUGCAGAAAUCUGAGGAUUUGCUCCGGAAGCAUGUAGAGUUCCGGAAGCAACUGGACCUAGACAACAUCCUUACCUGGCAGCCCUCAGAGGUGAUCCGGCUGUACGACUCGGGUGGCCUGUGUGGCUAUGACCACGAAGGCUGCCCCAUCUAUUUCGACAUCAUCGGGACCCUGGACCCCAAGGGCCUCCUCCUGUCGGCCUCCAAGCAGGAGCUCAUCCGGAAGCGAGUCAAGGUCUGCGAGCUGCUUAUGCAGGAGUGUGAGCUGCAGAGUCAGAAGCUGGGCAGAAAGAUCGAGACGUUGCUGAUGGUGUUUGACAUGGAGGGGCUGAGCCUGAAACACCUGUGGAAGCCAGCUGUGGAGGUCUACCAGCAGUUUUUUGCCAUCCUGGAGGCAAAUUACCCUGAGACGGUGAAGCAUUUAAUUGUUGUUCGAGCCCCUAAGCUUUUCCCAGUAGCCUUCAACUUGGUCAAGUCGUUCAUGGGUGAGGAGACCCACAAGAAGAUAGUGAUUCUGGGAGACAACUGGAAGCAGGAGCUGACAAAGUUCAUCAGCCCUGACCAGCUGCCCGUGGAGUUUGGGGGCACCAUGACUGACCCCGAUGGCAACCCCAAGUGCCUGACCAAGAUCAACUACGGGGGCGAGGUGCCCAGGAGCUACUUCCUGCGAGAGCAGCUGAGAGUGCAGUACGAGCACCAGGUGUCCGUGGGCCGCGGCUCCUCCCAGCAGGUGGAGAAUGAGAUCCUGUUCCCGGGCUGUGUGCUCAGGUGGCAGUUUGCAUCGGAUGGUGGGGACGUCGGUUUUGGGAUUUUCCUGAAGACCAAGAUGGGGGAGCGGCAGAGAGCCCGGGAGAUGACCGAGGUGCUGCCCAGCCAGCGCUACAAUGCCCACCUGGUGCCGGAGGACGGGAGCCUCACCUGCCUCCAGGCCGGCGUCUAUGUCCUGCGCUUUGACAACACCUACAGCCUGAUACAUGCCAAGAAGGUCAGCUACACUGUGGAGGUGCUGCUCCCUGACAAGGCCUCUGAGGAGAAGUUGCAGGGUCUCAGGGCAGCGAGACCCUCCCCAGCACAGUGAGGACCCUGUUCACGCUAGACCGGCUCCCUCUGCAGCCCCGUCUGCCCCCGCCCUCGGAUAGUGCUAAAGGGGAUCACAGAGAGCCUCUUAACCCACAUCAUCACCUCUGCCACUGUGUGCCCCCUUGGCACAGUUGGCCAAGCGGGAAUCGGGACAACCAGUGCUGACAUCACCCUGGAGAGUCAAAGGAGCACCUCCUCCCCUGUCCCUAGGGAAGGCAAACCACAGCAACUCUGAGAAGGACCCUGUGUUUACAGAGAAAGGUUUCUGCCUGCGGAAGCUAUCCCGGAAUUCACCUGUGUCUGGUAUCCCAUCUCGGGGGAGGGGGGACCCGCCUUCGGGCCGAGGAGCAGAGGAGCCUAUUCCCUGCACACCGAGGGUUGGAGAGGAUGGGUAGAGUCAUUUGGACACAGCCGGUGGGACAUGGGGCAAGGGUGAGGCUCCCGGUUCCAGCUGAGCAUCCGGGACUCUCCAAGCUGGUUCUGCUACCUUUGAAGGGAAAAAUCAGAAACGGGCAGCAGGGCCAGGCAGGGCCACCGUCACAGGUCACAGCUCGCCCUGCCUUGCAGAGCAGAGUUGCCAAGGCCGCGUCUGCGGCGGCCCCCUCCCUCCACACUGCUGGGAUCCUGCUGCUACUCAGCUGGGCUUCUUUCCGGCUUGAGUGGUGCUGGAACCAAUCGAGAGCUGGAGGGAAAAGGCAGUUGCUAGCACGCAGCGUGUGAGCUACCACUUCUGGUGCUUACCCUGGACUCGGCCCAUUCCCAGAGAACGACCCUGAGCUGUUCCUCCAUCUCUGCCACACAGCCCCAGAGCUGGCCAGCAGUGGCUUCUGCAUAUGGUUUCUCACAGGCUGACCCUCCUGGUGUCCACAGCCCACACUCAGGAUGACCAUAGCUUGCUCUUCGGGGACUCUUCCGGGACAACGCCCAGCGCAGCAGACCGCGCCCCAGAACGGGCUGAGGAAGUCACCCAGUCUGAGCUGGUGGGCUGAGCCCAUCCCCCGGGCGGGGUCCCAGGCUGUACCACCCUGCCCUAACCCACUCUGCCUUCUGGCUGGACCAGGACAGAGGCCAACACUAUCUCAAAAGGCUUAUGUUCUACCGGGCUGGCUCGGCCCCCAGCUCGGGGUCAUCGGUCCUGCCCUCCUUGUCUGUCCUGCCGUAUUGUGCCAAAGGGCAAGGGUCCCGUUCUCCCGGGUGAGUCCCUGGGAGUGAACGGUCCGAUGUCCCUGUAAAAGAGGUCCUAGCUGCCCAAGACCGCUCCCAGAGGCCAGAGGCUGCAGUACAUGCCACCUGUCCAGGGGCCUUUUCUGCUCCCCGAUUCUGAUAUUUCAUUUUUUCCCCCCACUUAAUAGGUUAAUAAUUUCUUCAUCAUCCAAGAUGCAUUUUAAGGGAGAAAUGAUGAGGCUUAGGAAGGUGGGGGUGGCAGCUGAGCCAGCUGCAUUGUUCCCAGUUUAGCUUCUGAGCAGGAUGGAAAACAAACUCAGCACCAAAAGCCAUCCCCGAGGGAUUCUGGUCCGAGGGUUUAAGCAAAUUGGCAAGAGGAAAAAAAAACAAAACAAAACAAAAACUGGUUGUACUGGCUCGAAGGAGACUGCUUGGGGCUGUCAGGCAAGAAUCACAAGACACCCUCAAGGUGAAGGGCUGCCCUGUGUUAGAGAUGGGACGCAUUUUGACCGGUCCGUUGUACACCUCUCUGGGCAGCCUCUGCAGAGGCACUCGGGCCUCCCAGGGCCAUUUUCCCACGCGCUUUGCCAGGGUAUAGGGAGUGUGGUCUACAGGGGUUGGGGAGACCCCGCGCUUGCUUUCAUUUAGCCCACCUGUUGCCAUGACAGGCACUUGAAACACCUCAGUUCAGUCUUCCUUCCACCCCCUGCCUAAAAACCAGGUUUGUGGACUUGAGCCCUGACCUUUGCUCCUCUAACACCUGCCGCCAAUUUUGUGUCAGUAUGAAUGUAAGCAGUUCCCUGGCAGGGCACAGUGUCCUGAGGCUCUGAUCACAGAGAACAGACACAGAUAUCGUUUGUCUGAGGCUGGCAAGUUACAAGGUGCUGGGUAGCGAGCACAGUGACCACCUUCAGGGUGACAGUAGGUAUUGAGGCCCCAACUGAAAGUCUCAGACCUCCUGCAAGGCUAUGCAACACAAGGCAAAAGAAA